AGGCAAUUGAAACUGACCUAAAAGCUUCUCUUUCCAUAAUUCUAUAAAGUAGACCCGAUUAUUGUUGACUUAAGCAUCGGCGUGUCUACCCCGAGAAACCACCUCGAGGCUUUGUAGGUCAACCCGAAGAGAAGAUUUGGACUGAAGAAGAUCUCCUAGUUUGUUGCAAUUACAUUUGGCAUUGUUUGUGGGAAUUUGAAUUAAAACCUCUCUUGUUGCUUUUUCACCAUGGUCAACACUCGAUCCGUCCAAACUGGAAGUCGAGUUCAACUUCUUGGUCGAGGUCAAGCCCAACAACCAAAUAACUUUCCACCUCAUACCCUAAAUCUAUUUGCUCUUGUGGAACAUGCAGAAGAAGAUAGUUUAGAAAAGAUGGUGGUAGAACAGCGAGAUGCUUCACCUCUCCAGCAUAACACUACUUUAAUACCCCAUCCCUUGAACACCAACAUCACUUUGGAACCUUACCCUGUUGGUUUCAAAAUUCCUCAACUCGAGACAUAUGAUGGAACGAAGGACCUAGAUGCUCACCAACAUGCUUUCUACUCCUGUAUGCAAGCUCAGAAUGCCUCUGAUGCCUUGAUGUGCAAAAUUUUUCCUUCUACUCUUCGAGGUCUUAACCAUGAAAGAUUCAAUGAUAGUCUGAUUAAGCAUCCCUUUGCUACUUUUAACAAGAUUAAGAAUAAGAUGGAUUUGAGGCGACUAGGGCCGAUGAAAAGUUCUGCUGCCACAUGGGAUCACACUAGAUAUUGUGAUUUUCAUCAAGAUCAUGGUCAUACAAUGGAGGAAUAUAAUAGUUUGAGGUCUGAAUUAGAAAGUUUAGACCAGAAGGGCAUGUUGAAUGAAUACAUCCAGAAGACAAAGCAGCCUAAGUUUGUAAGGGAGCAGGGAUCGCAGCCACAGGGGUCCCGUAUCGUAGGAAAUAGGCAAGGAGUGGGAUUUCAGCAAGCUCCACCACCACUCCCACCACCAGUUAGGAUUAUUCAUAUGAUUACAAGGGGAUUGGAGCAUGUCCUUGUUGACACAGGUAAUGGACCAGAUAUCAUGUAUUAUCAUUAUUUUGAGAGUCUAGGGCUAGAUCUCACUCUGCUACAGAAGUAUGAUGGUCCUAUAUAUGGCUUCAACAACCAACCUGUUCAAGUUGAAGAGGUCUUUACCCUCAAUGUUACUUUUAGGAAUGGCUGAACUUAUGUGACUCUUUCCAUUCGGUUUUUGGUUGUCAAAAUGGCUUUGUCUUUCAAUGUUGUUAUUAGUCAACCUAUAUUAACAAAGAUCUGAGCAGUGGUCUCUCAAUCUUAUCUCUACAUGAAGUUCCUUACCCUUAUGGGAUAGCGACAUUGAAAGGCAAUCAAGAAGUAGUUAGGCA